AUGGGAUGGGCGGGCCACGGAACUUGACAAAGACAAAAGGAGCCCACCUACCCCUGCCUAGAAGCCCAAGGGAUUGGCACCUCCGCCAGGAAGCCCUCGGGAGGAAGAGCGCGCCCUCUGCCGGUGCCAGGGCGUCAGUACGCCUGGGGUGCCGUCCACAGCGCCUCUUCAGAGGCCCCACCCCUGUCCCUCACCCCCGGACUCCGCCCCCUCACGUGAUCCCAGCCUUGGGUGGUUCUGUAGGGGGAGCUCGGGAACACAGGUGGACAGACAUGUCUCAGGAGGGGUCCCCUGAGGACCCUGCCCUCAGCCCCCGCUGCAUUGCUGCACUUUUCCAGGAUGAUGUGGAAGAAGCCAGCUCUGGGUCAGGCUUGACACCACACCGGCCAGGGGCAAGCUCUGGGGCCCGAGUUGGGGCUGGCAGCAGGAAGAGGGUCCUGAGGGAAGAGACCCGUCGAGGGGCUGAUGUGGGGUCCUUGGGAGACCUUUAUGGUCCCCUCUCUCCCAACGACACUGGGCCUGGGUCAGGAGAUCCAGGUGGAACUUGUGUGGGAUGUGUCUCAGGGACUGCGAAGUUUGAAUAUUUGCCUGCUUCAGAGAACGGGGCCCAGCCAGGCAGCCCCUCUCACCCUGUAGGGGUCCUACCACCUGAUGGAGGGGAAUCCCUCAGGCCAGCUGUCUGGGAUCCCGGCUCUGCACUAGGCCUUGGAGCAUCUGGAAAGGCCUCCACAGUGUGGCAGGAAGCUGAGCACCUAGUCGGGGCUGGCUGUGAUGAUGGCCCUGCUGUCUCACACAGUCAGGAGGAGCUAGAGGUCAAGGCUCAGCCAGAGUCCAGGGGGAGGCUGGGAGAAGGACCCCCUGCUCCCACUGACCGCCCCUCCAGCUCUUUGGAGCCUACAACCAGCAGGGCUCACUCGGGCCCAUCCAUGGGACAGAGAAGAUCCAAGUAUGCUAAGAAGUCGAGGAGAGGCCCAGUGCCCCACGCCCAGCACCAGGGCGCAGACAGGAGUGCAGAUGACUUCAGCAAGGACCAGCAGGACAAAUCCCACCCAGGAAGCUUCCCCAAACUGGAGGAAAUGGAAAUGCCCCAUGGGGUGAAGCACGUGUGUUACCUUGGUUCUGGGGCAGUGCUCCACCUCCUGGGGGCCCUCCGCCGUGGCCAGGCAGGGGAACUGCAGCCCCCAAAGCUGGAGGUGCUGGAGGACAUGAUGGAGUCAGCGGAGGCUGAAGAGGAGGAGCCUGGUGAACAGGACGGGGGAGAGGACUCAGAGGGAUGGGGCUGCUAG